ACGAGUCCAUGCGCAACUAGGUUUUUUCUAGCUAUGGCGGGAGACUGUGACAGCAAGACGUGGGAUGCUUUCAACCAUCUCAUGACGUGUUCCGACGUGGAACGAAUACGCAAGGUGUUGGCUCGGCACGAAUUUUUCAAAAUGAGCCUAGAAAUCCCAGGAGAUAUCGUAGAAUGUGGCGUUUUCAAAGGCUCCGGUCUGCUGUUGUGGGUCAAACUUCUACGCAUCUAUUGCCCAGCCUCUGCGAAGCGCGUCAUCGGCUUCGACACGUUCGGAGCCACACCAGAGCUGUCGGGUGACGACGCAGAGAAGAUGACGGGUCUCUACCAAGAGUCUGGACUUGCGCAGUGCGUCACUGCCGACCAGAUUGAAAGGAUGGUUGAGGAUGUGACGGGAAGAAAAGACUCCUGUCUACUCGUCCCGGGAGAUAUUUGUAAAACAGCUCGUGUGUACACAGAGCAGUUUCCAGGCGCCAGAAUUAGCUUGCUACAUAUGGAUCUCGAUGUUGAGGAACCAACUGUGGCGGCAUUGGAAGCUUUGUGGCCCAUCGUUUCUAGAGGAGGGAUCAUAGUUUUUGAUGAAUAUGCGAUCCACAAGUGGUCUGAGAGUCGAGGAGUCGACAAAUUCUUUGCUAAUCAUCCUGAAGUCACAUUAAAGACUCUGCCAUGGGUCAGGACCCCGUCUGCUUACUGUAUCAAGCCAUAACUUAGGGUUGUACACAGUGCGACUACAUCACUCGCAUUGGUGAGUGAUUGGACUUGCAAUCAAAAAUUAUUUUUAAUCGCCACAUGUGAGUAAUUUGACAGCGUGAGCUGCAGCUAUUUUGUGUUGUCUCUGAGUGUCUAAGGUGACUCCAAUAUGAUUCGUUGCUUACCAUAACAACACAUUACAGAAA